AUGAUCACGGACGAUCAUAAGAGUACUGGUGUGAAGAAGGAUGCUGCUGGAGAAGAUGAGGAGCCAGUCUCUGCACCUACGGGGGAAAAGCGGAAGGCGCCUUCGUCUGAUGCUGGCCGGGCGAAGAGGGUGAAGAGCGAGACCCUGAGUACGCCGGGCGACACGCGUCCCGCGACGCCCGCUUCUUCAGCCGCGUUCACCCCGGUGACAUCAACGAGCCUAGCCUCGAGCUUUGUACACAUGCAGAACUUCGCUGCAAUGCUACCGCCCGCUCCGCUCACGCCGCCGGCCAGUGCGAGUGAAGGGAGCACGUACAACUUCGGCGCAUCACCCGGUGGAGGCUCGGAUACAGGAGGGCUUGGCGCACUGGAUGUGGACGCCAUGUCCCUCGAGCUUGACCUGGCGAGCGCGUUCCCAGACGCAUCGUCCUUCGUGCCGACUCCGUCAUGGAGCUCCUUCAGUCAAUCAAUGGUAGCACCGGUCUAG